GGGCCGGUGCAUGGAGUGAAACAGUGAGCUGUGAUAGAGGGAGGGUCAGUGUGUGUGUGCAUGCUAACAGUGUGCCUUAUGGACAGAGGGGCCUUGAGUGGCUGUUGACUAGCCUGCUAGUAGGUGGAGGAACAGUAAGAACACAGACAGAACUCUGUGCUUGUUGGAUCCAGUGUUUGUUGUGGAAUCUAUACUCUCAGACCAGGAGGUUCUGGGUGACGGUGGGUUGAAGGAGCGGGAUGUCUAAGAUGACGUUGUGGUUGGGCCUUCUCCUGGCUCUCAGCGCAGGUCGUCUGGAUGCUUGGUUCUGGAACAAGGACCCUGAUCCUACUACCCAAGCCCCAACGAAGGCUCCGCCGCUGGGCAAGGCAGGAGGACAGCCCAAGAGAGGUGAGGAGAACCUGGCAGGGGUUGGGGCAGAAAUCAUCAACGUGGCUGAUGGGAUCCGUAAGUUUGUGCAGACGUGGGACGCGACCCCAACCACUUGGACUGACGGAGGAGUGGCGAGUCCCACCACACAGACGGUUAAUAAAGAGGAGUCUGGGUCUGGGGAAGGAUCUGGGUCUGGGUCUAAGGAAGGAUCUGGGUCUGGGGAAGGGUCUGGGUCUAAGGAAGGAUCUGGGUCUGGGGAAGGAUCUGGGUCUGGGUCUAAGGAAGGAUCUGGGUCUGGGGAAGGGUCUGGGUCUAAGGAAGGAUCUGGGUCUGGGGAAGGGUCUGGGUCUAAGGAAGGAUCUGGGUCUGGGGAAGGAUCUGGGUCUGGGUCUAAGGAAGGAUUUGGGGCUGGGUCUAAGGAAGGAUCUGGGUCUGGGGAAGGAUCUGGGUCUGGGUCUAAGGAAGGAUUUGGGGCUGGGUCUAAGGAAGGAUCUGGGGAAGGAUCUGGGUCUGGGGAAGGAUCUGGGUCUAAGGAAGGAUCUAGGUCUGGGGAAGGAUCUGGGUCUGGGUCUAAGGAAGGAUUUGGGGCUGGGUCUAAGGAAGGAUCUGGGGAAGGAUCUGGGUCUGGGGAAGGAUCUGGGUCUAAGGAAGGAUCUGGGUCUGAGACGGGUUCAGGAUCAGGGUCUGGUUCAGCAUCUGGUGUAGGGUCUGGGUUUGGAUCGGGGGCUGAGUCUGGUGUAGGUUCAGGGACCGGCUCGGGUUCGGGGUCAGGGCUUGGAGAAAGGAAAAGCUUGGUUCUCCCCACUAACCUAACAGGGGUGGUGGAGGAUGACCUCACAGGGGUUGAGGGGGUGAAACAGGGUGACCCAAAGACCAACCUCUCUGACAUCACUUCUCAUGACCACAAUGGAACCUGCCACCUCGUGCCCUCUGAUUGGCCGAUCUGCAUAUCAAGGGGGUCGAAGCAUUUCUCGCUGCCCAACUUCCUGAACCAUACCUCUGUGGAGGAGGUUGGCGUGGCCCUGAGAGAGUGGGCGUGGCUGGCCAAGGCGGGGUGCCACCAUGGAGCCGAAUGGUUCCUCUGCCUCCUCCUGGUGCCCAGGUGCCCGCUGCCUGGCCAGGUGCUCGCCAAGGUUCCCCUUCUGCCCUGCUGCAGCUUCUGCCAAGUCCUGCAAGACAGCUGCUGGCCAGCCCUGGAUGACGGGCGACUUCCUAUAGAGUGUAAUUUGCUGCCCGACAGGGAUCAGGAGGCGGGGUUGCGCUGUCCGCCAUGCGUGUCAGUUAGUAAUCGGAAAGCAGAGAGUGGUGUGACUCUACUGCAGCUGAUCGGAGACCUGCCUCCUGAUGAAUCCCGGGCCGGUCCGGGGGGGAAACCCGCCUACUAUUUCGGAGGGCUGGACGGGCUUACUGCUGCGGGACAGCCGGCCCUGGCCCACCUCCCCAACCCCUUCUACAGAGACUUCUCCCUGAUCUUCCAAAUCAUCCCCUCCAGCCCCGGGGUCCUCUUCUCCAUCACAGACGCCUCCCAGAAGUUCAUGUACGUGGGGGUGAAGCUGAGUGCCCCGGACGCUGACGGCAGGAAUCAGAAGAUUAUGUUCUACUACACAGAGCCCGACUCUGAGGCCUCGUACCUGGCCGCUAGUUUCACUGUGCCCUCCCUGGACCUAGUCUCCUGGACCAAGUUCUCUCUGUCCGUGUUCAAUGACCAGGUGACCUUCUUCAUGGGAUGCGACGCCUCUGGGAAGACGGUGAAGUUGGAACGCUCGCGGGAUGACAUGGAGCUGGACAGGGGGGCGGGCAUCUUCGUGGGUCAGGCGGGAGGCGCGGACCCUGACAGGUUCGAGGGGGCGAUUGCUGAGCUGAACGUGGUGGGUAACCCUCGAGCAGCUGAGCUACUCUGUGAAGACGAUGAUGACUCAGACGCUGCCUCAGGUGACUUUGGCAGUGGGGAUGGGGACAGAAGAGAGACCGGCAAAACUACCACCCCUCCAUCUCUCCGACCGGUGCCAGAGCCCCCUCUGACAUCAUCAGUGAGCGACAGGCUCUCAGAGACAGGUGACAGGAAUCAUCAGACCUCAGUAGAGUCCAGACCAGGGUCAGGAGGUCAACCAGGCCCUACUGGUUCUAACAGGGAGAAGGGGGACAGAGGGGAGAAGGGCAGUCCAGGGGACAGAGGUCCCCCCGGGCCAAAGGGGGACUCGGGGUCUUUCUCCAGCUCUGCCUCUUCCUCUGGCUCUUCAUCAGGCGGAGGAGAACGUGGAGAAAAGGGAGACACAGGCUUGAAGGGCAGUUCUGGGUUCGGUUACCCAGGCUCCAAGGGGGACCGUGGCGUACCUGGUCCCCCUGGCCCUCCUGGCCCUGGGGGGCCAGCUGCCCAGGUUGUGAGGCUAGGGGACGGCUCUGUGGUGCAGCCAGUGGCCGGGCCAAUGGGGCCGAUGGGGCCCCCAGGGGUCAAAGGACCAGCAGGACCCCAGGGACCAGAGGGAGAGGCGGGGGAUCCAGGAGAGGAUGGCAAAUUAGGACCUGCCGGAGACAGAGGGUUCCCAGGAACACAAGGAGACUCAGGGGUCAAAGGACAAAAGGGGGAUCGUGGUGAUGGUCACCCAGGACCCAGGGGUCCUCCAGGGCCACCUGGACACCCAGGCCCAGUUGACCGCGCUACAUUUGUGGAUAUGGAAGGCUCAGGAGGAUUCCCAGAUUUGGAGAAAAUACAGACUCUCCGUGGUCUACCAGGCCCCCCCGGCCCCCCAGGUCCCCCUGGCCCCUCAGCCGGUGGUGUCAGCUCCCAUGAGUCAGGCUCUUUCGGGCCCCCUGGACCUCCCGGACAGGACGGGGCCCGUGGCCUACCAGGGCCCGCUGGUCCACCUGGCAGGCCUGGAACCCCAGGACCCAGUAGCGGAGAGAAGGGAGAAGCUGGUGAUCUAGGUCUUCCAGGGCCCAGUGGAGAGAAGGGUUCUCAGGGUGACCCUGGAGUGCCUGGUCAGGCAGGGCAGGGGGGCUUGGCUGGGCUUCCUGGGCCCAUGGGACCGAUUGGGCCUCCAGGACCACCCGGAUCUUCCUACCCCGUGCGUUAUGGUGACAGGGAGGGUUCCGGAGUGACGGGGGUCAAUGGUGUUGCUGGAGUGAUAGGGAUUCCAGGACCACAGGGUCCGCCCGGAAUCGCUGGCCUUCCGGGAAGAUCUGGUUUGCCUGGGCUUUCGGGAGAGAAGGGGAGCGAGGGAGCAAGAGGACAGAAUGGAACACCAGGGAUGGACGGAUUCCCAGGAAUAUUGGGAGACAAAGGGGAGAGGGGAGACAGAGGAGAAAGGGGUGAGCCAGGACGUGAAGGGGGACCCCCUGGACCUCCAGGAGCCCCUGGCCCACCGGGACAGAUCUACCAGACCUCAGGCAGUUUUGAUGGAGUUCUUGGGAAUCAAGGCCAGGGAGGACCAGGUCUUCCCGGCCGGGCAGGAUUCCCAGGGCCUAUGGGACCAAAGGGAGAUACAGGAGAGCCUGGACAGCCAGGAUACGCAGCUAAGGGGGAGAAAGGAGAACCUGGUAUUAUCAUGGGGCCUGAUGGAAGACCCAUGUACUUGGGAGGGCUGGGGUCUCAACCGGGAGAGAAGGGACUCCCGGGACCUGAGGGACCUCCUGGUCCCUAUGGUCCAGCUGGUCUAAAGGGAGAUAUAGGCAUGCCAGGUAGACCGGGUCGUCCUGGGUUGAAUGGUGUCAAAGGAGAGAGGGGGGAUUCAGCUGGAGGGACUGGAGGAUAUGGAGGUCCUCCAGGACCACCUGGCCCACCCGGACCCCCCGGGCCAGCAGUACCUCUGGACAGGUUCAAUAGGUAUGAUGAUGUCUCACGGUUAUAUCCUGACUCCAAAGGAGAGAAAGGUGAUCGUGGAGUACCAGGAAUACCUGGGGUACCAGGUCUCACGUCCAACUUUGACAUCUACACCUUCAAGAAGGAGAUGAAGGGAGAGAGAGGAGACUCGGGGAUGAAGGGGGAGAAGGGCGAGCUAGCCGGAGGAUAUUAUGGUGGCGGUUACAGUGGACAGGGUGGUCAACCUGGACCUCCAGGACUUCCAGGGCCAAAGGGAGAGUCCAUCAUCGGUCCUUCAGGGCCCCAGGGCCCUCCAGGUAACCCAGGAAGAGGGUACGAAGGCAGGCAAGGGAACCCAGGCCCACCGGGGCCCCCCGGACCUUCGGGAUCAUCCUCCUCACCUGGAGCCUACAGGCCAACACAGACCAUCAGCAUCCCUGGACCUCCGGGCCCUCCUGGCCCACCUGGAACUGAUGGACACUCCUCUGGGGUGAUGGUGCUGAGGUCAUAUGACACGAUGACAGCCACAGCCAGACAACAGGCAGAGGGGACGCUGGUGUAUCUGGUUGACCAAACAGACUUUUACAUCAGAGUACGAGAUGGCUUCCGGCAAAUCCAGCUUGGACCAUACAUAGCUUUACCCCCUGACCAGGGUAAUGAGGUAGCAGCUGUCGACCCUCCUCCAGUGGUCUACUACCAGCCAGAUCAUCCCUCCAACACGGCCACAGAGCAACCCCCCAGACAGCUAGACCCCCACCAGCCACAGCCUGAGGGACAACACCCUAUUUACCCCGACCCUCGUUACCCGACUCACCCGGAUCCACGCUACCCAGCCCAGCCGGAUCCACGCUACCCAGCCCAGCCGGAUCCACGCUACCCAGCCCAGCCGGAUCCACGCUACCCAGCCCAGCCGGAUCCACGCUACCCAGCCCAGCCGGAUCCACGCUACCCAGCCCAGCCGGAUCCACGCUACCCAGCCCAGCCAGAUCCACGCUACCCAGCCCAGCCAGAUCCACGCUACCCCUCACAUUCAGACCCCAGAUACCCCUCACACACUGAUCCACGGUACCCCAGUUAUACAGACCGCCAGCACAACCAUGACCCUGUUCAGCCGGUCCAGCCCCAGUCAGCCCCUGUCCCACAGAACCCGGUUUACUCAGACACGCGCUACCCUGUAACCCCACAACGCAGACCCAGACCCCCUGAGACCCCCAGCCACCAACACACGUCAGGCCCAAGCAUUCACCUGGUCGCCCUGAACGCCCCCCAGGGAGGUAACAUGCGGGGUAUCAGAGGGGCAGACUUCCUGUGCUUCAACCAGGCUCGGGCCAUCGGGCUGAAGGGAACCUUCCGGGCUUUCCUCUCCUCCAAGCUCCAGGACCUUUACAGCAUUGUCCGCAAGUCAGACAGAGACCGCAUGCCCAUCGUCAACCUAAAGGACGAGGUCCUGUUUGACAGUUGGGAGGCCAUCUUCAGUGACUCAGAGGGCAGAGUGAAGGACAAUGUACCCAUCUACUCCUUCGAUGGCAAAGACAUUUUCACAGAUGGCACAUGGCCAGACAAGAUGAUAUGGCACGGUUCGACCAGCAGGGGGCACGGCGAGGUGGAUAACUACUGUGAGACGUGGCGUAUAGGGGAUCGGGCGCUGACGGGCAUGGCCUCCUCUCUACAGGGAGGCCAGCUCCUCCAACAGAGAACCAGCAGCUGUCACAGCUCCUACGCCGUGCUCUGCAUCGAGAACAGCUACAUCGAACAGUUCAAGAGAUAGGACUAACCGACCAAACGCACACACACACUACAGCCAGAUCAAGAGAUAAACCUAAUGAAACACACACACAUCAGCCAAUCCAGGAGGCCUAACAAAACGUAUGUACCAGUGGAGGCUGGUGACUUAAAAAAUGAGGAGGAUGGUAGACCCGGGGUUUAGGCACGGAACGCACGGAGACAACAAAGUGCGUUUCAAAAAUCGUCAAUGACUAAUUAUUUUAACUUAAAGCAUUUAAUAAAGACAUUUAUAAUACACUAUUAUGGGGAAUGGGAAUGAGAGGGCUACUUACACAGUGUUGGAAAGGGACCACAGCAGUGAUUGAAUGAGACAUGAGUUGAGGUGUUCAGAGGCUUGACCAGUGCAGGACAGGAUUUGCCUAGAAAGACAAACAAUAACACAACACACUACAAAGUUAGACAAAAGAGCCCAGAGUGAGUUAGUCCAAGCAGAGAGUAAAAUCAUUGAUGAGUAAUAAUGUGAUUGUGUAUGUGAUUGACUUUACAUACAGCAAUGAGAGAAAAUUGAUAGGGGUACUCACAGAGCUUGGAGAGGAAACAUUCAAUGUGCCAGUGGAUGAGCGCACACAUGAGACGUGGCUUCAGUUCAUGUCAGGAGAGAGUUGACAAUGGUAGUGGAGUGGAGUGGUCAUCACCUCUUAAUCAGGGAACAGGAGGGGACUUAGCUGGAAAUACAAAUAGCAGAUACAUUCCAUUACAGCUGCGCCAUCAUAGGUUUGGACAAGUUUCUCUAUGAAGUUAAAAUCAGACAUCUCAAAAUUCAUUAAGUCAAACACAGACUGCUCAUCUCGCCCACUUGACACAUCAAAGUAGCCCAAGAAACGUUCCUGAUUAAAGCCCUGAUCAUCCACAUACCUGACCAUAACUGACAACUGCAAGCAGACUGGUGGCACCAUAGGUCCCAGAGCGGUGGGGCAAUUUUGACCCCCUGGGGCCUGGAGUUUUUCCUUAUAUGUUAACCUAACUAGGAAAUCUUUGGACCCUAUAAGGUAUGCCAGUGAUGAAUUAGUUGUAAAAAGGUUUUAUAUGGGCUAUGAUGGGACCAGUUUUCCCUAAUCAGGUCACAUGUUGUUUUUAAACUCCUGGCCCUGGGGGGAUGAAACCCCUGUCAAACUACAGCUACCUUACACCUGUUCAUAUGAAUGAUAUUUAGACUAGAUUAGUAGGGGGAUUUCCUCUACCCAGACACAUAGACAACUGGGCUGAGCUUGCUUUAUGCAUGUUUGCAUCAUGUAGGCCUAUGCAACUGUAGGCCUUAUAAAACAUUUACUCACAUCUAUCAUCGCUAUUAUGUUGAUUAAUUCCAGUUAAUAAGCCUAGCCAGCCCAGUUUUGAAUAUAAACAAAAUUUGAUCAUUCACAUUUUCUCCUGACACACAAAUGGACUAUAGAUACAUAAUGUUACCAAUCAGUUUACCCGGACCAGAGUGCAUAGGCUUUAUGCAGCUGCUCUUAUUAGGAGCCUACAGUUGAUCAGACUGAAAUAUAGUCUAGUUUUCAUCCCAUACAGCAUAUCCGAUUUCUAGCGUUUAGGUGUAGCCUAGGCUGCUGCAACAUUUAUGUCAUGAGUUUUUGCUUGUGUCUGUCCGGAGUGUCCGGAGUUUCCCUCUCGUCAUGUCCUCUUAUCGAUGCAGUUUUUUCCCAGAAUCUUGAAUGUGAUGUCGGCAUUUAUAUGAACCCUGCUUUUGUUUUGCCGUUUAGCCGAACGAUCGAUGUCCUUCAGGCCACUGUACCCACCUUUUGACCAAGGCUCAGACUUUCCCUAAAGCAGGCAAGGCCAGCAAUACAGGCAGCUUGAUGAAAGGCUCCCUGUUACCAGCUUUACUUUUGAUACCAGUUGGUAUUGAAUGCCCUCACCUUUUCAUCUUUCUUCAUGAAACUGAUCUCAGGCAGAGGUCGACCCUCCCUUUUCCAUGUACCCCAGAGAAUGAAAGGGGUUCUUCAACAAAGUCCACAAACUGCACACUCACGCUGGUAGAUAGCUAGCUACUGAAGUUAGCGAGGCUAACUUUUAAAAAUGUUAAAUCAAUUGCACUAACUGGACACAAAAAUUAAGUUCUAAAACCAAGAAAACUAUUUAUAAUACACCUCUUCUGUCUCCUGUCAUUUGAAAAAAAAAAAAACAUUUUAAUUGAAUAAAAUCCCCAAAAUGCUCAACUAUCACUGUUCACUCUUAAUCUCUAUCCGACAAUGUCACCAAGCUUCUCAACACAUAGAAUCCCCAUAAUGCUCUGUGGCACAAUCCCAAUAUAACACACUAGGUUUGUUCUCUGAUCCUAAAAGCUUUGAUCGUUUGGAGGACUUCCCCCAGAAGUGGUCAUAAUUACCUUGUAUGUCUAUGGAAGGGGGUGAGGCCUACGAGCCUCCUAGGUUUUGUAUUGAAGUCAAUGUAGCCAGAGGAGGAUGGAAGCUAGCUGUCCUCCGGCUACACCAUGGUGCUACCCCAGACAGUGCUGUUGAAUUUACUGUAGAUCAUUGCAAAACAAUGUAUUUUAAUCAAUUAUUUGGUGACAUAUGAAUAUAUUUAGUAUAGUAAAUAUCUAAAAAGUAUAACUUGAAUGUUUCUAAUGUUUACAUUUUUAUGAAAUUUCACUGAGGAUGGUCCUCCCCUUCCUCCUCUGAGGAGCCUCCACUGGUACGUACACACACAAUGGUGCUUUGUAUGUAACAGCUACAUUCCCCUUCUCCAAUACACUCAGUCCAGCUGGCCAAAUAGGACCACAUGUCCAUAAUAUGGGGUUGAUCAAGAACAGCAACAACCAGGCUAAGAGAUGGACCCCCCUAAGCCCCAAUCCACCCCCCUUUAUACACUGAUUGCAGCUGACCAAACAGCCCACCACGACCCCCUGCACAUACGUCUAAAUCACUGUUCUGUAAACACCUCAACGCUGUGGUUUUCAGUAGAGUUUGUAUUCAUUCCACUUCUCCUUUCACUGUCCACUUCAGAAAGCCAUGUUCAUUGGGGGUUAGAGGACAGACUAUCACAAUGUACAUUUAUUUUUGUGGUCUUACCCUCAAAAGCAUAAUACCUGCAUUGUAGAAAGUCUAUAGCCUUUUAACAGUUUGCCCUAGAAUCAAACCACACCACAGACCACACCUACAGAUUAAACAGGAGACUAAUUCUGUUCUCUACGAUUCCAACAAGCUAAUUGUUGCAGUAUUGUACAUUAAAUGUUUAUUAUCCAA